AUGGGUGCAUACAGCAAAUUUAUCAAUGCUUUCAAGAAAUAUCCCCUUUUAAGGGGAAUGGCAUCUUAUAGCAUCAUUUGGCCAGGUUCUAGUUUAAUACAACAAACCUUUGAAGGAAAGUCUAUUGAUAACUAUGACUGGUGGAGAUGUGCUAGAUAUGGUCUCUAUGGGUCUUGUUAUGUCGCCCCUACAUUGUAUAGUUGGCUGACAAUUGCUAACAUAAUGUGGCCUGGAAGUUCUAUAAGAGCAGGUAUUAUUAAGACCUUUGUGGAGACUAUAACAUACACACCAUUUGCAAUGUGCAGCUUUUAUUUUGGUAUGAGCUUACUUGAAUCAAAGCCCUUCAAUGAAGCUAUUGCUGAAGUUGAAGCCAAAUUUCUGCCUACAUACAAGGUAGGAGCCUCUGUGUGGCCAGCUAUUGCUAUGAUUAAUUUCUGCCUCAUUCCUCCAAGAAAUAGAGUGCCUUUUAUUAGUCUGUGUAGCCUUGUAUGGACAUGCUUCCUUGCAUAUAUGAAACACUUAGAAAAAGAGAAAGUUGCUGCAACACCCAUGAAAUUACUAAAAGUAAAUUUAUGA